AUGUGGAUCAACUGCGGCAAGUUGUCGGACUUCACCCAGGCCCGAUAUGUGGUUCGACUCAACACCGGCAAGAAGCUGGUCCUAUUCCGCCUCCCGACGAUCGACCCGUCCAGUUUAAAAGUCAACGAAACAUCCGAUGGCUGGUCCUACUACGCCAUGGAAGCGGAAUGCCCGCAUGCCGGUGGACCCAUGGCCGACUCCUCAGUCGACAUCGAAGACUCCGCAUACGUCGCGUCCUGCCCGUGGCACGCCUACGACUUCAAUGUCGAGACCGGCGAGUCCAGCGUUGGUCUGAAGGCAUGCACAUUCCCUGUCGAUGUGCAGGGUGAAUUCGUCGCACUUGAUUUCCCCACAGAAGACGGCGCCUCAGUCUCACUCGCCAGCGUGGACCCGGUAAGCGAGAAAGUCAAACUAAAGCACCCGAGACCCUCGAAGCCUGAACCCGCGCGCGAAGAUCCCGGCAUGGCGCGAUACCUAGACGAGAGCGCCACGCUGUGCGAUUGGGCUGCGCAUGUUCUCAAUACCGCGAAUCCGGAGCACAAGAUCGAGCUGACGACGCAUCUGUUUGCGAUCUUUGUCGAGAGGGAAGGCACCGAUUCGCCCAUGCCUCUUGGGCGGGGCACUGUCGCGGCGCCGGAUCAGCCGCCACGCGAGAAGAUGGAGAUUGUGAACCCGGGGCAGAUGCCCAAGGCUGGACGAGGCGGGACCUUGAAGAGCCGGAUCGCCAUGCUCCAUGCGCUAGCCAAUAUCGAGCUCUGGGCCAUCGAUCUCGCAAUCGAUAUUUGUAUUCGAUUCGCCACUUUCCAGACAGACGGCACGGGACAGGAACUGCCGCGCACUUUCUUCCACGACUGGUUGAAGGUUGCGAACGACGAAGCUAAGCAUUUCUCCCUUCUUCGGACUCGACUCGAGGAAAUGGGCGCUGCCUUCGGCUCCCUCCCUGUCCACCACAGCCUGUGGCUCUCAGCAACAGAGACAGCGUACGAUCUGCGCGCGAGAAUCAGCAUUGUCGCUUUGGUGCACGAGGCGCGCGGUCUGGACGUUAACCCCAUGACGAUUGCCAAGUUCCGGAAGGCUGGCGAUGACGAGAGCGUGGAGGCUUUAGAGGUCAUUCACAAUGAUGAGAUUACUCAUGUCACCACUGGACACCGCUGGUUGACGUGGAUCUGCGACCAGGAGGGAACGGAUCCUGUGCAGGUGUUCCGAUCGAACGUGAAGAAGCACUUUAGCGGUCCGAUCCGCGGACCCUUUAAUGAGGAGGCGCGUCUGCAGGCUGGGAUGGAUCGACGUUACUACGAUGAUUUCGGACCCAGUCCGGAGAUCCUGGCUUCAUGA